UCGCUGCAUUAUAGUGCAGGUGACUACAGAUUAGUUGUCAGAGUGGCUGUGGGCUGAUGUGGUGAUCAUGGCUGAGGAUGUGGCCGUGUCAGAGGAGAUCUUAACAGAUGGUCUCACUCUGCUGGUGAACAUGGGCAAAGUUCUCCUGCAGAACGCCAAGGAGGAGGCAGCAGACUCUUUGGAGAAUUUUGUCCCACAUAAAAUCACCACUUUAUUCGGCCUGAUCACAGCUGGAGCUAGAUUCUACAGCAGCAUUGAAGUUAAAAAGAAAUGUGAAGCGGAGGCUGUUUGGCAGAAGUCUUAUCACCAUGCAGCAGUGAGAGAGCAGGUGCAGGAGCUUCAGCAGCUGGAGAAAGAGUGGGACUCUUUCCUGGAGAGUGUGGACAAAGAUCUGCAGACAACAGAUGUGCAGCUGUCUGGAGGAAAGACGGCCGACAGUCUGAGCCCAGAAACUCUAUUCACCGAUGGAAGAAGUGGAAGGAGUGUGACUCUCAGUCAGUACCUGGGUCAGGGUCAGAACCUGCUGCUGGUUCUCCUCAGACAUUUUGGAUGACUGCCGUGACGAGACCACGUGACCGAGCUGACGGCCAAUCAGGCUCUGCUGGAGGCUCGGUCAGUGCGGGUCUUGGUAGUUUCUUUUGGCAGCGUCGAGGGCGCUCAGCUGUGGUUGGAGCAGACUGGAUGUACCUUUGACAUUCUGCUGGAUCCACAGAGAAAGGUGUACAGAAGUUUUGGCCUUGGCUCAUCCUACGCCAAGGUGAUGAAGUUUGGCUGCCUGCUACAAUACUCAGACUACGUAGUUGCAAACAUAGACUUCCCAGAUUUCCCCCAUCGUCUGCUGGAAGACAGCUACCAGCUAGGAGGUGACUUUUUGCUGGACAGUGCAGGGAAGGUACUUCUCUCUCAUCCAUCGAAAAACCCUCUGGACAGGCCGACCGUGGAAGACGUCUUGCAGUCCGUGGACUCCGCAGGACAGUCCACUAACUCUGCUCACAAGCAGAAGCUGUGAAAUUCAUUCAAACACAGCCUCAGGGGUUCAAGUCGCUAAACGCAUCGCUGACUCCUCACGGCAAGCGCAGCUCUUUGGCUCGCGUUCAUGACGUCACACCUUACACUCAUGACAUCAUGAAGGGGUGCGACUGAUGUUCCAGCGCGAGGCAGAGACAUCUGCUCUUCUGUGUUGCGUCAGCAUGGCGAUGCAGCAUUGCAAAUAAAGUAGUGGAUUUGAUUAAAA